GGAUGGAGGGACGAAUGGGUGGGUGUGUGGAUUGACAGACUGAUGGAUGUGCUACAAACACACUAUGAGCAAAACACCUAAAGAAACAUUAUAAAUAAAUGUACAGCAGUAUGUUCAGUUAAUGUGUUAACACACAUUCGAUUAAAUUAGCCUAUACAGGUAAGUCAACAGAGAAUUUCAUCAUUAGGCUUAAAAAUCAAUAAGAUUCUUUCAACCGCCUAUAAUAAGUAAGCCUAAAUUGACGAAGCCUUGAUAGAUGUUUGUAGGGACAUUCACCCUUGGGCUGGGAAGGUUCAACAUUCCUCUGUAGUGUUUAGGGAAGGGCUGAGGGUAUAAAGAUCCCACUACAGACCAAAAGAUGUGAGUGACUAGUUCCCAGUCUCCAGUUGAAGUUGCAGAAGUUACAGGAGCGUCAACAUGAGCCGCAGUCCAGAGAGGAUAUCUUCAUACCGCCGGCAUUUCGAGGGCACCUUGGCCGCCCCUCCAGCCUACCAGCUCCGUGUGUCCAGUCCCUCUCCCACCCGCAGGGAGACCCGCCACCGGUCGGCCAGCUUCACCCGGAGUAGUGGGACGAUGGGGCGCAGGGCCAUCUCAAAUAAGGGUCGCAUGACCAGUAGUGUGAGUAUGGGAGCACUGUGCUUUGGUAUGUCCAUUGGACUCGGGCCAAAACUGGACCUGGAUGCGGCUGCAGCAGAGAACCAGGCCUUUAUGACGACUCGAACCAAUGAGAGGCAGGAGAUGGUAGCCCUCAACGACCGCCUGGCGGUGUAUAUUGAAAAGGUGCGAACCCUGGAGUCAAAAAACAAGCUGCUGGAGGCUGAGAUUGAGGCCCUGAAGAGCCGCCAUGUCAGACCAUCAGGCCUCAGGCAGCUGUACGAGUCUCAGUUGAAGGAUCUCUACAGGGUCGCCGAGCAAAUAAGAGUCCAGAGGGAUAUGUCUUUGGCAGCCAAGGAGGCAAUGUUGGGCCAGUUGGAUACGUUGAAGGCCAAAUAUGAUGAAGCUGUGGAUGCCAGGAAAAAGACGGAGCAUGACAUUGAGGUUCUCCGUCCGGAUGUGGAUAGAGCAACCUCAACACGGAUUGCGCUGGAGAAACAGCUGGAACACCAGGAGGUUGAGCUGGCCUUCCUGCAGAGAGUUCACAAGGAGGAAAUUGAGGAGCUGAUGCAGCAGAUCUAUUCAGCAACCUCCAAGGUGGACCUGAGCUUUGGCCUCCCAGACCUCUCCUCUGCUCUCAGACAGAUUCAGUCUCAGUACGACAGCAUUGCCGCCAAAAACCUACAGGAACUGGAUGCUUGGUACGGGUCAAAGUUCCAGGACCUGAGCAAUGCCUCCACCAAACACGUUCAAAGUAUUCGAAGUGUGAGAGAGGAAAUCGCAGGCUAUAAGAAGGAUAUUCUCAACAAGGAACGUGAAUUGGAUGCACUUAAGACGAGGAACGAGUAUUUGGAGGCUCAGAUUCGUGAUGCAGUGGAAAAAUACAAGAAGAAGGAGGACGACUUACAGGAGCGUAUAGAGGCCAUUAAGCUGGAUCUGAAGGUAACCAAGGAGAAGAUCGCUCUGCUGCUGCGGGAAUACCAGGACCUGCUAAAUGUAAAGAUGGCUCUGGAGAUUGAGAUCACCACCUACAGGAAGCUGAUCGAGGGGGAAGACAGCCGUCUGAGCACCAUGGUCGGAAACCUGUCCCUAACAGGAGGCCUGCAUCUCACUUCCAGCGCUAGUGUGCAUGCAGCCUCAGCCUCAGCCUCAGCCUCAGCCUCAGCUUCAGCCUCAGCCUCAGCUUCAGUCUCAGAUAGCUCAGCCCCUGCAGAAACUUCAAAACUAGAUGUUGCCCCCGGUGACACGACCAGUAGCGGGGCUGAGAAAGCUCCAGGUACUGGAGCCCGGGUGGAGGUGGCCUCAUCAGACACCCAGACAGACGGUAACUUAGAGGAGCAGGCAACUGAGAUGUCUGAGAGGAAGACUGUCAUCAUCAGAACAGUUAAGACAGAUGAAGACACUUACGAGAGCGACACACAGGAGCGCACCAUCACCAUUUCUGGAGCAGCGGACGACACAGAAGAAGAAUAGACCAUUUACCUACCACAAAUAUCUCUGAGCGACCUAUAUGCUAACUAUUGCUAACUAUAUGCUGUACUCCAAUGUUUCAUGUCAUGUUAUUCAGGUUCUUUCAAUUUUUUGAAAAUCCUAGAAUUCAAUAUUGAAUUUAAGAGAAAACACACUGUACAGCAGUAACAGGAAUUCCAACUCGAGCAGCAUGUGUCCAUUUUAAGGAUUGUGUUUAUCCUCCAUGGAGACUUUACAUUAAGAAUGAUACACACUGUGUCCCGUCACUCUGCUCUGCCUGCUCCUAACUCCCUGUCAGCCUCACACUGCCUUUCUGCGCUUUUAAUCCUCCUGCGUGUCUGGAACCCGUCUUUCAAAGUAACUAAAUAAACAGCAAGCAAUCGUA